UCAUGCUUAUGGCCCCUGGUACUCUGCUGUGCCCAGUCUCUGGGUGCUUGAGUCCUAACCUGGGGCCUCCUGGAGGCUGGCGCCCAGGUGCCACUCCAUUGGGGUCUGUUAGCCUUGUUUUACAGGGAGAGCGUGCAGCCGAGGGGUAAGGUUGUGGCCUGCUGGGAGGCCAGAAAGACCUGGACCCCAGCCCUUUCUCAGCAGCUCACCAGCUGAGUGACCUCUCUGGGCCUCAGUCUCCUCAUCUGUCAAAUGAGGAAGUCAGUGAGCCUCCAUCCAUGCUCUCAGGAGAGUUAAAUGAACGAUGGGCCUUACUCCAAAGGAGGCAAGGAUGCAGGAGGGACCGAUGUGGCCCUGGCAUGCCGCAGACAGAGCAUUCCAGAGGAGUUCCGCGGGGUCACCAUGGUGGAGCUGAACAAAAAGGAAGGCAGCACACUGGGCCUGACCAUCUCAGGCGGCACCGACAAGGAUGGGAAGCCCAGGGUCUCCAACCUGAGACCGGGGGGGCUUGCUGCCAGGAGUGACCUGCUGAACGUGGGCGACUAUAUUCGGUCAGUGAAUGGGAUCCAUCUGACCAGGCUCCGCCAUGAUGAGAUCAUCACCCUGCUCAAGAAUGUGGGCGAGCGCGUGGUGCUGGAGGUGGAGUAUGAGCUGCCCCCGCCCGCCCCUGAGAACAACCCAGGGAUCAUCACAAAGACAGUGGACGUCUCCCUGUACAAGGAGGGCAAUAGCUUUGGCUUUGUCCUCAGAGGGGGUGCCCAUGAGGAUAUACACAAGACCCGCCCACUCGUCCUGACCUACGUCCGGCCUGGCGGCCCUGCUGAUAGGGAGGGCUCAUUGAAGGUGGGCGACAGGCUGCUCAGUGUUGAUGGGAUCCCGCUGCACGGGGCCAGCCAUGCCACUGCCCUGGCCACGCUGCGGCAGUGCAGCCACGAGGCACUCUUCCAGGUGGAGUACGAUGUGGCCAUCCCAGAUACGGUGGCCAAUGCUUCAGGGCCCUUGAUAGUGGAGAUAACCAAGACGCCUGGGUCAGCUCUGGGGAUCUCACUGAGCACUGGCUCCCACCGGAACAAGCCAGUCAUCACCAUUGACCGCAUCAAGCCGGCCAGUGUGGUGGACAGGAGUGGGGCCCUGCAUGCUGGAGACCACAUCUUGUCCAUCGACGGCACCAGCACGGAACACUGCUCGCUGCUUGAAGCCACCAAGCUCCUGGCCAACGUGUCGGAGACAGUGCGGCUGGAGAUCCUGCCCGCCCCCCACAGUCGGCGGCCCCUGAAACCCUCAGAGGCAGUGAAGGUGCAGAGGAGUGAGCAGCCACACCGCUGGGACCCCUGUGUGCUCUCCUGUCACAGCCCCCGGCCCGGCCACUGCAGGACGCCCACCUGGGCCACACCUGCCGGCCAGGACCAGAGCCGAUCCUUGUCCUCGACUCCCUUUUCUUCGCCGACCAUGAAUCAUGCCUUUCCCUGCACCAACCCCAGCACCCUUCCCCGUGGGUCCCACCCCAUGAGCCCUCGGACCACAAUGGGGCGGAGGCGGCAGCGAAGAAGGGAACACAAGAGCUCAUUGUCACUGGCCUCCAGCACGGUGGGGCCAGGGGGACAGAUCGUGCACACGGAGACCACGGAGGUCGUGCUCUGCGGAGACCCCCUCAGCGGCUUUGGCCUCCAGCUCCAGGGCGGCAUCUUUGCCACCGAGACCCUGUCUUCCCCUCCCCUCGUGCGCUUCAUCGAACCUGACAGCCCAGCAGAGAGGUGUGGGUUGCUGCAGGUGGGGGAUCGGGUCCUGUCCAUCAACGGUAUUGCCACCGAGGACGGGACGAUGGAGGAAGCCAACCAGCUGCUGCGGGACGCGGCGCUGGCCCACAAGGUCGUGUUGGAGGUCGAGUUUGAUGUGGCAGAGUCCGUCAUCCCGAGCAGUGGCACCUUCCACGUGAAGCUGCCCAAGAGACGUGGCGUGGAGCUGGGCAUCACCAUCGGCUCGACCAGCAGGAAGCGAGGAGAGCCCCUGAUUAUCUCUGACAUCAAGAAGGGCAGUGUGGCACACAGGACGGGCACCCUUGAGCCAGGUGACAAGCUGCUGGCCAUUGACAAUAUCCGCUUGGACAACUGCCCCAUGGAGGACGCUGUGCAAAUCCUGCGGCAAUGCGAGGACCUGGUGAAGCUGAAGAUCCGGAAGGAUGAGGACAACUCUGAUGAGCAGGAGACCACAGGUGCCAUCAGCUACACAGUGGAACUGAAGCGUUACGGGGGUCCCCUGGGCAUCACCAUCUCUGGCACAGAGGAGCCCUUUGACCCCAUUGUCAUCUCAGGCCUCACCAAGCGCGGUCUGGCUGAGAGGACCGGCGCUAUCCAUGUUGGGGAUCGCAUCCUGGCCAUCAACAGCGUGAGCCUCAAGGGCCGGCCUCUGAGUGAGGCCAUCCACCUCCUGCAGGUGGCUGGCGAGACCGUGACACUGAAGAUCAAGAAGCAGCUAGACCGCCCCCUCCCACGCCGCAAGUCAGGCAGCCUCAGUGAGGCCAGCGAUGCAGAUGAGGACCCGCCAGAGGCUCUCAAAGGAGGCCUCCUGCCAGCCCGGUUCUCACCCGCCGUGCCCAGUGUGGACAGCGCUGUGGAGUCCUGGGACAGCUCGGCCACAGAGGGUGGAUUUGGGGGCCCAGGCUCCUACACCGCACAGGCAGCGGCUCGGGGCAUGACCCCCCAGGAGUGGCGGCCCAGCCGGCUGAGAAGCAGCCCCCCACCCACCGAGCCCCGGAGGAUGAGCUAUACCCCGGCCCCCACGGACGAGAGCUUCCCUGAGGAGGAGGAAGAGGAGGAUUGGGAGCCACCAACUAGCCCAGCCCCUGGCCCUGCCCGUGAGGAGGGCUUCUGGCGCAUGUUCGGAGAAGCCCUUGAGGACCUGGAGUCAUGUGGUCAGUCAGAGCUGCUGAGGGAACUGGAGGCAUCCAUCAUGACGGGCACGGUGCAGAACGUGGCCCUCGAGGGCAGGCCCAGCCAGCGGCCCUGGCGGAGAGGCCAGGAGGUACGAGGAGCAUCCCCUGAAGAGAUACAGGAGCUGCUGCUGCCAACACCCUUGGAGAUGCACAAGGUUGCCAUAAAGAAAAACAAACAGAAGAGAAGAGACCUCUCAGCCUGUAGCCCUCAGAAGGUUCCAAGUCUCUUGGUGACCCUGCACAAGGACCCCUUGCGGAAUGACUUUGGUUUUAGUGUCUCUGACGGCCUCCUGGAGAAGGGUGUCUAUGUCCACACUGUGCGCCCCGAUGGGCCAGCCCAACGUGGGGGCCUCCGGCCAUUCGACAGGGUCCUUCAGGUCAACCACGUUCGCACGCGGGACUUCGACUGCUGCCUGGCCGUGCCGCUCCUGGCGGAGGCCGGUGAUGUCCUGGCCCUGGUCAUCAGCCGCAACCCGCUGGCACAGAGCAGCCGAGCCCCACGAGCACCAGGCCCCAGCAGCCCCCGGAUGCUCUGAAGUCAGCGUGUGGUCUGGACACCCAAGGAGCCACGGGAGUAGAUCCUGGCCUCCAGGCCUGUAACUGGGCUGGAGACGUGGCCACUCACUCAUCCGUCUGUCUGUCUGGGAGGCUCCGAGUCAUGGGCCGGAACCUGUCUCUAUUCUCUGGUUCAGUGGUGCCUGGAGUACCAGGCAGUGAGGUCCCUGCCCCAGUUGGAGUGACAUCUAGGUCUUUCUUCAUAUCGGGUCUCCAGGAUGUCCAGAGGAGCCCUACUCAGUAGGAGCUGAGACAGGCCGCUCAGCUGGGAGAAGAGGGGUCUGGGGCCAGGGAGCACGGCUCAGUGUAGGCAGUGCUUUCUCCCAGGAGAGCUAUGGAGUGGCCGGGGGGAGUGGGCUCCCUGUCACAGGAGGUGAGAGAGUGGGAACUGGAUACCCCCAGUGCAGUGCAGUCACGGACUGAGGUGUGAGGCAUCGGGGCAAUGUAUCCACACAGGCUCAGGUAGUUAGUUUCCCCCCAGUGGGAGCCUUUAGGGUGCGGCAGUGGGGGUGGGGCACUGGUUCUGGACAGCCUCUCACCAAGAGGGAUGCCCCUCAGGGUGGGAGUCUAGCCCCUUUCCGUCUCCAGAAUUCUGGUUUUUGGGGCUUGCUGGCAUCCUCAUUCUUAAGGGACUCUUGAGCUGGGGUGGCUGAACCCAGGAAACAUCGGCCUGUCGAAUCUGGAAGUGGGUGAUUCUUGCAUUUCGGCAUCUCUGGCCUGAAGCCUCUGGGAUUUGAGGCCAUAGUUCUGGACCCUUGGGGCAAGCUCAGUGCCAGGCUCUGGGCUCUCAGCCCCUCCCGCUUCUUUUGUAGGAGGCACAGGUGCAAAUCCAUAUGGACACACCCCUCUUGGGCCCAGCCCCUCAUGAUGGGAGGGAGUCGUUUGGGGGAGAAGACCCCAGAGUUUUCAUUCACCUGCCAUUUCUGUGGAGAUGGGAAAACCAUAGAGAUAGGAUAUGUAAGAUGAUACAGCUCCUCUUCAGUAUCCAAACCAGUGAGGGAGGAGAGACCAGGAGAGGGAGGCACAGAGACAGAGGCAGGCACACAGGCCAGAGACAGGCCAUCCCCCUCACACCCAGAGGUGAGUGUCCAGAGGGGUCCUUUAAGGAAGUUUAUUCCCACUUGAAAUCUGGAAGCACCAGCAUCCCUUAAAGUCAUUGUCCUCAGACAAUGAACCCUGCAGACCAGGAACCCUUUUGAUUUGGGGAAGAGCACAGGCCUUCACCUGGUGGUCUGGCUGUGGCCCCAGGGAUGGAGGUGGGCCGGCAGGAUUCAGUCAGGUCUGGGGAUUUGCUUUGCUCUUAAAGGGGUCUCAGGAAAAUGGAGCACCCACUCCUGCCUGUGUCCUCCGUGCUUCUGUCCCAUGGAGGCCCCUGAAAUGCUCUCCCGCUUAAGGGAUGAGAUGGGGAGUCAAGAGGUGUCUUCUUUUUGCUCUGGAUUGCUGCUUGGUUGCUCUGUGACGCCCUCUGGGUCUGACCCUCUCUGGACAAUCAAGAGGUGGAGAGUCUCUGAGUAGGGACCGGCCUCCCUGUCAUGGCCAGAACCAUGCCCAUUGGGCGCCCUGCCCACACUCUCCCUGAAGGCCUGCAUUCCCUCUUCUCCUCCCUCGACCUCCCCACACCCUGCCACUCCCUGCCUUCCCCAGAGAGCCCUUCAUGCCGGCCAACUGCCCAAUGCCUCUGCUACCUUGGAUUCCUGUGUAAACACUCACCCCUGGGGUGAAAGGGCACUGCCCACCCAUCGCAGAGGCACUGAGCAAAAGCCAAGAGAGCCCUCAGCUUGGGGGGCCAGGGGGUGACAUAGCAGAGACAUGGCUACUGGCAGCCACAACUGAGUGAACUUAGGCAAGUUGCCCGGCCUCUCUGGACCUCUGUCAAGUGACAGGGCUGGACAGGCCACACUCCCAGGGCGUCUGCUCAGAAGAGCUGCGUUCGACUGCAGAUGAGGGAAGUGGCAUCCCGACUCGGACCCCGACCAGUUUGCCCCUCUUGCCACCCCCCCCACCUUCUUGGGCUGAGGCCUCUGCCAUCCCCCAGAUGUAUGCAACCAGGCCCGGCAGGUGGCCCCUGGCCGUGGCUGGCCUUCUCAUAUGCAAUAUUUCUUCUGGCUUCUCAAUGGGGAUCAUAGAUCCCAGACUUGACAUUUCCCGAUGCCCGUCCCUGGUGAGCAUCCUGCCUGCCUAUGCAUUUUGGGUAUAGCUCCUGUGACAUGCCCCUUCCACCCCCAAAAGCUGUAUUUUUCUCUGGCUGAGAUUAGAGCAUAUUCCUUGUAAAGUAUUUUUCUACAUGGGGUUUUCUUAGGGCUCUCGGGAAGCACAUGCCAAGGGGGCUGCAUUGCAAAGGCCAUUUGGGGUCUGUUUGGGGCCUAUGUGUAAAUCUGUUGUCAGGGGUUGCAGUGACGUAGGAGCUGGGGAUGGGGUGCUGUUGGAAUGAUUUUUUAAAUAAAAUUAUUUA